CAUUUCCUAUUGAGACCCCCAAGAGUUCCCCAGGCCCUCCGCUCAGGCCCGGACUUUGGGCCUUUUCUUGAGUCCCGGUUUUAAAGGCAUGCCAGCUACAGCAUUCAAGAGGGCCGUUCCUUAACAAAGGGAAAGAGAUAAAUGUAAAUAAGCUCACAUUUUCAGAAGGAGCAGUUUGCUGUAAGAAGCUUCAGCAGCCAGAGUCUGCUACUUUGGGCUGGGAUAAACUUUCCCUGUAAAAAAAAGAAUAAUAAUAGAUUAAAAUAUGCACUUCUAAAGUGCGAGUUUCCCGUUUACAUGUUUAUUAGCUAAUUGUCUACAGGCAUGAGCACACUCUCUCAUCUAGCACACUCUUUCUUGGGUGACAAAUGGGAGCAGGUGAAAACAUCUGAUAGGAGGGAACAGCCAGUAAAGUCACACUGCCAUGACGCCAAUUGAAGGCUGCUAAUAAUCAAGGCAAAGACGGAGCAAAAAGAGAAACUGAGGACCAGAAGGGGACUGUGACUUGGUCUUACACAGUUAGCUAGUGAUGGGGCUGGAUGUGGCUACAUUGAAUUAAUACCAAAUAUGAAAACUUCUAGGAAUACUGGUCUCUGGAGGAGUGUGAAAAUCAAUUCUCCUUAAUGUUAAGUAUCCGUUGGAGGAAAUCUCUAACCACAGUACCUCCGGAAAGUUCAUUGAUCGACCAAGUCUUGGAUAAAAUUGGUGCCAGAAUUUGGUUUGAACUAAUGUGGAGGAAAACAUUUCCUACCAGUCUUUAGUCUCAGAGUGCUGAACCCUGCAGCCCGCAGGCCUCCUGAAUAAAAGUCCAUGGGUGACAGAAGAUUCAUUGACUUCCAAUUCCAAGAUUUAAAUUCAAACCUCAGACCCAGGUUGGGCAAUGCUACUGCCAAUAAUACUUGCAUUGUUGAUGAUUCCUUCAAGUAUAAUCUGAAUGGUGCUGUCUACAGUGUUGUAUUCAUCCUGGGUUUGAUAACCAACAGUGCCUCUCUGUUCGUCUUCUGCUUCCGCAUGAAAAUGAGAAGUGAGACAGCUAUUUUCAUCACCAAUCUGGCCCUCUCUGAUUUGCUCUUUGUUUGCACUCUACCUUUCAAAAUAUUUUACAAUUUCAACCGCCACUGGCCUUUUGGUGAUACCCUCUGCAAGAUCUCUGGGACUGCAUUCCUAACCAACAUCUAUGGGAGCAUGCUCUUCCUUACCUGUAUUAGCGUGGAUCGUUUCCUGGCCAUUGUCUAUCCCUUCCGAUCCCGUACCAUUAGGACCAGGAGGAAUUCUGCCAUUGUGUGUGCUGGAGUCUGGAUCCUAGUCCUCAGUGGUGGUAUUUCAGCCUCUUUAUUCUCCACCACUAAUGUCAACAAUGCAACCACCACCUGCUUUGAGGGCUUCUCCAAACGUGUAUGGAAGACAUAUCUGUCCAAGAUAACCAUAUUUAUUGAAGUUGUUGGUUUUAUCAUUCCUUUGAUACUGAAUGUCUCUUGCUCUUCUGUGGUGCUAAAAACCCUCCGUAAGCCUGCUACAUUGUCUCAAAUUGGGACUAAUAAGAAAAAAGUGCUGAAGAUGAUCACAGUGCAUAUGGCAGUCUUUGUGGUAUGCUUUGUACCCUAUAACUCUGUUCUCUUCCUGUAUGCCCUGGUGCGCUCCCAAGCCAUUACCAAUUGCUUGUUGGAAAGAUUUGCUAAGAUUAUGUAUCCAAUCACCUUGUGCCUUGCAACUCUAAACUGUUGCUUUGACCCUUUCAUCUAUUACUUCACCCUUGAGUCCUUUCAGAAGUCCUUCUAUAUCAAUACCCAUAUCAGGAUGGAGUCUCUGUUCAAGACUGAAACACCUCUGACCACAAAGCCUUCCCUUCCAGCUAUUCAAGAGGAAGUUAGUGAUCAAACAACACAUAAUGGUGGUGAAUUAAUGCUAGAAUCCACCUUCUAGGUACAAGAAGUCUCUUUAGGUCCAGAUAUGGUUUCUUCUAUGAUUUUCCUAUGCUAUGAAUAAAAAAUUUGAAGCUAAUGAUAUUAAGAAUAGAUUAAUGUACUGAAUAUAGUCAGCUACAUUUAUUUGAAUGUUUAUUGUAAUACAUAUAUUGUUUUGUUCAAUAAUUAUAGGUCACAUCUAAUUACAACAGCCAAAAGGAAUUGCCAAACUCUUCUUCUGGGUUGGAAAUUCAGUGUACCACAUUAUAUAAGUCGACAGUAGCCUUGACUUCAGCGAUACAGAGGUUACUUAAAAACUUUGAAAAAGUAUAUUUCCAUUCCAAUAUUUGGUAAUUAGUUUGGGCCUAUAAAUAUAGAACAAAUUCAGGUAUUUGUUUUUAAACAAGCUUUUGUGUUACUACUGAUAUAUACUAGUCUUCUUUUUGCUUUUUUUGUCAUUGAGUUUAUUUUAGUACAAGAACAUACUUUAACAUUAUUAAUAAAAAAGUAUCAAAUUUAAAAAAGUAAAAUGUAUUGCAUAUAUUUUAAAAGCAGAAACAUAAAUUGUGUUUGUAUGAAUAUUGCUGGAAAGAAAUGGAAAAUUAACUGGAUUUACAUAUUUGCAGUUACCAGCAGUUUCAGCUUUUAAAAACUUUUCCUUUUUUUAUACUAUAUUAAAUUUCUUAUAUGAAAUGUCAAAUCCAGAAAGCUGCUAAGUAUGUGCCCAAAACAGGGCAAAAUGGAAAAUCACAUAAAAUAACAAAUGUUCAUAAAAAACUAAGAGAAAUUAAUAUUUUCUCUAAGAAUUUUCAAUAAUUUUUUCUUUUGGGAGACUAAUUUUUAUAAAUAUUCUGUAUGUGAAAUUUUGAAGCACAGUGCAACCAUAAAGCGGCUGCAUUUGUGCCCAGGUCAGAAGCAAAUUGAAAAAAAAAGACAAAAGUAUAACAAAAAUAUAAUAAUAAAACAAAAAACUUUCUUAAAACUUGCAUUGAUCAUUUUUUGAGGGAGGGAACAGAGAUCUGUAACUUUAAAUUACUUAUGCUUUCAUAUUAAUUUUGGAGCACAAUGUAGCCAGAGAGCUGCUGAAUUUGUGCCCAGGUUGGGAGCAUAUUGAAAAAAAAAUACAUAAACCAAAC